GCCUGGCAGCACCCCUUCCCGACGCCGCCCGGCAAGCGCCAGCCAGAUGCUACGCCGCCAGGGACGCCGAGCAAGGACGCCAAGGACUCGAAGAAGAAGUGGUCGCUGGGCGCCCUGGGCAACCUGGGCAACCUGGGGCUCGGGGGCGCGCUCAGCGGCUCCCUGGGCGGCUCCAUCGGCGGACUGUUCCGACGCCGCCGAAAGUCGGACUCCUCGAGCUCGCUGGAGGAGGAGGAGCUGGCCACGCCACCCUCCGCCAGGAAGACCAACAACGGAAUCAGCAGCAACAACUUCCUGCGCCGGAGGCGGGACGGAAGCACGAACAAUAAUAACAAUAACAGCAAGAGGAAGACACGCACCAACGCCCGGGUCUCGGGGGCGUUCGACCACGUCGUGGUGACGCCGUUGGCGCAGCCCCUGUCGCAGCCGUACAGCCCCACCAAGGCGGAGCACGUCAACGGCUACCUCAUCCACCCCAACCUGCACAUGCCCGGCAUGGCGGGCAGCCCUCUAGACAGCGGCCAGUUCGGCGGCAGCUUCCCCAAGGCCCUGAACCUGCAGCAGGACCGACACCGGGGGUGGGUGUCGCCCUCGUCGCCGCCGCACCACCUCCUGCAGCCCCCGCAGCUGCAUGGCCGCCACCGCCGCCAGGACUCCAAGGGCAGCAGCGUGGGCUCGGGCGUGGGCUCGGGCGUGGGCUCCGGGCAGGGCUCAGCCGGCCACUCCGGCGCGUCGGGGGCGUCGGGGUCCCUGGACGGCAUCAUUCGUCGGGGGAAGCGCGACCUGGCCAAGCAGCGCGCCGAGAUGCGGCGCCACGCCGCGGGGGGCGACUCCAGCUCGGAGGGCGAGGGCGGCUCUCUGCACUCCAACAGCUCCUCGCUGUCCAGGUUCCGCAGCGACGACAGCCUGCCCAGCAACAAGGACUCUCUGAGCAGGAGGUCCAGGACGGCGCGCACGGAGAGGUACCUCCGCCGCCUGUCCAAGGACGAGGACGGCAUGGUGCAGGCCGGCGGCCAGGCCGUACCCAAGUGGCCCAAGACGUUGUCCAUGUCCGCCAACUCCAGCCCCGUGACCAGCCCGCCCAGCAGACCUAGGAACGCCGCGCACCUGCAAGACCCGCGCCUGGACCCCGCCAACAUCGCCGGGCUGCCCGGGCUGCCCGCCUCGCAGUCCCUCCGGAGCGCGGCGGCGGGCGUGGCGCGCCAGCAGGCCAACGGCCGCAGCGUGAGCUACGAUUGCAACAUGGACAACAGCGACGUGAUGGUGGUGCAGUUCCCGGUGGCCCGGAUGCAGGCACUUCCCCUGCCCGCCGCGCCGACCGGACUCUCUCGGGGCGGAAGCGUCAGCCCGUCGCGCUUCUCAGCCUUCGCGAGGCAGCAGCCCCCACAGCAGCUCCAGCAGCAGCCUCAGCAACCGCUCAUGCAGCAGCAGGGUGAGCCGCCGCCGCCGCCUCCGAGAGACCCCCAACGGAGGUACAUGACGACCUCGCAGCUCGACGUGGGCCGGCCCAUGUCGUACGCCUUCGAGACGGGCAGUCGACACAGCCUCAGCAACCACUACAAUCAGCAGCAGUAUCACCAGCCAGAGCACUCGCCCCAGCCACAAGCGGCGCCCCAGCCCCGGGCGUACGCGCCCCACCACCACCUGCAGAACGAGGGUUCGGCCUUCCACUCGUACCAGCGGCAUGAGCGGCACCCGGACCCAGUCCAAGCCUACCAACCUCAGCAGCAGCACUACCCGCAGCGCUACUACCACGUGCGGGAGCCCCAGUCUAGUCACGUCAGCCCCCCGCGGCGCAGCCCGCGCAGCAGCAGCAACCAACGCCCCAGAACUACACGUACUACGCGGAGCAGGCCCCCCGCAGCCGGAAGCCCAUCCACAUCGCGUCGCCGGCCGACAAGCCAGCAGCGGCGCCCGCACCGGGGGAGGAGUCGGCCGCUGUCGCCGCGGCCCCCGGCCAACGCCGCCAAGUACUUCCCCUCCAACUCGUACAGCCCCACGCGCGGCCAGGACCGCCAGGACAUGCCCAUGUCGCCGCCGUCCAGGCGGAUGAGGCCACGCCGCGCUGACUCGGUCAGCUCACUCAGCUCGGACGUGUCCAGCCCGCAGCUCCCCAGGGCCGCCAGGACGGCGGCGACGGCCCGGACGGCGCCAACGGCCACCCCGGCCGCCCCGGCCGCCCCGUCGGCCACGUCAGUACCAAGCGGCGUCUCGGCCAGGCGGGACAGCGACGCGCCGCGGGGCUUGCUGGUCAAGCCCAUCGUGCAGGUGCAGUACAAGGACGCCCAGAAGGAAGAGUCCAGCUCGGGCGUGGACGACGAAGAGAUGAUGCGGAUCGUCGACAAGGAGAGGAAGUCCACCAACCUGGAUGAUGCCCUGAGCGAGCUGGAGGCCAUCUACAACAGCCUGCGUCUGGGUGAUGAGGAUCUCCUGGACCGCGCCGAGCGCAGAGACCUGCCGCGCGGUCCGCAGUACGUCACGUACCAGAGGACGUCCUCCUUGGAGGACGACGCCGAGCCGCCUGUGUCGACGCCAGCGUCCCCCAAGCUGGGCCGCGAGCGCGCGGGCAAGGUGCGCGGCGUGCCGGACAAGGUGGCGGACGACAUGGCGUACCGCAGGCUGCGGCAGGCCGAGCGGCCGCCCUCGCAGCAGGACUCGCGCAGCAUCGUCUCGCAGGCGGGCAGCUACCUCCUCGUGUCCACCGCGCUGUCCGCGCCGCAGUCGCCGCUGUCGCCCCGCGCCGCCACGUCCAUGUCGCUGUCCCCCGAGCCGGAGCCCGACGUGACCCUGGACGACGUGGUGUACCGCAACGUGCGUCAGGCCAACAGCACGCUGCGCGUGGCCGAGCACCAGCCGCCCUUCGGCAUCCCCCUGGGCCCCGUGGCGCCGUCGCCCAACAGCGACUACCUGCACGCCACGCCGCAGGACCGCUACCGGCCCCGGUUCAAGCCGCGCCGCACGCCCGACGUGGUCAAGGACGACCUGGCCUUCCGGUCGCUGCGCAAGGACGGGCAGCGCGACUCGGCGGGGCUGCCGCCCAACCCCGCCGACGCCGUGCCGCUGCACCCCGCCGUGGCCACGCCGCCGCCCAGUGAGGCGCCCACCGCAGCCAGGACGAAGCGCGCCGUGCGCUCGCUGUCCGCCAACAUCUUCAGCCUGAUCCAGCGCGAGGUCGACAUGCUGGACAACCCUCUGCACGCGCCCGAGCCCAGGCCGCCGGGGACGGAGAAGCAGGACUUCGAGAAGGCGCAGAGCGUGUCCGACCUGGCCGCCGUGCUGCAGGUGGCGCAAAAGGUGCAGGCCCGCAAGGCGGCCCAGCAGAGGAAGAGGACCGACGGCGCGGACAACGACGCGACGCCGCGCGCGUCGAGCUGCUACGGCGACGCUGCGGCCACGAGCACCGAGACCCUGACGGACAGUGUGCUGGACCUGCAGCAGCGGCCGCAGCCAAGGCCCAGUCCCAGAGGGGGGCUCAGUGGCGCGUCUUCGGACCGGGAAGAGAGUUCGUCGCCCUCCAAGUCCAUGUCCGUGGACAGCAACCUGGACAGCAACCUGGACAGCCUGCUGGACGAGAUGGCCAAGGAGGCUCGCGAAACGAGUGCCAAGCUGGGCCGCGAGAUCGAGGAGCUGGGGGCCGGGGCGCCAGCCGGAGGCCGGGACAGGGCGCCCAAGGCGAAGAAGCGGUCCACCAAGGCGGACGCGCCCACCGAGGCCAAGAUCUCGCCCGAGGAGAAGAACCGCCAGCUGAAGGAGGAGGUGGUUGCGCUGGCGCGGUGCCGCUCGGGGUGCGUGGACAGGGACAGGGAGGCGGCGCGGUCGCCGUCGCCGACGACGGACUCGGACCGAGCCCAGGACCAUGCGCGCAUCCUCGAGCUUAGCGAGACGGCCCGCACCCAGAUGGAGUCCCUGCAGCAGCUCACCGAGAUGCUGUCCCCGAAGCCUUCUCGACGCAACGUGACCGAGGCCCCGUCCGCCUCAUCCACUUCAUCCGCCACCCGCACGUCGCCCAGCCCCUCGCGGCGCAACGCUCCGGGGAGCAGCGGAGAGGCGUCCAGGUGCAGGACGUCGCCCAGCCCCUCACGGCGCAACGCUCCGGGAAGCAGCGGCGAGGCGUCCAUGUCCAGGACGUCGCCCAGCCCCCCGCGUCGCGCAGUGUCGGUGUCGCUCGCGGACCAGCCGUCGCCUACUGACCCACCUUCCAGUCGCGAACCGUCGGCGCCACAGCUGUCGCCCAGCCCCUCGGGGCGGCGUGCGUCGCACGCCAGUCGAGAACCGUCGGCGACGAAGCUGUCUCCCAGCCCCGCGCGACGGACCGUGGUGGACUCGCAGAGCAGCCGCGAGCCGUCCGCCACCAAGCUGUCGCCCAGCCCGAGCCGCCGGGCAUUGGCCGCGGCGGAGACCCAGUCUCAGAGCAGCCGCGAGCCCUCGGCCAGCAGGUUGUCUCCCAGCCCGCGGCCCCGCCAAACCAGCCGCACCCUCAGCAGCGAUGGGCCUUCCAGCGUCGAGUCCGGCGACGGCGACGAUGACCUGUUGCCCGUGUCGGCUCGCGUGCAGAUGUGGAACCAGCGGCACCACUCCAAGGUCACGUCCAAGCCGCCCCCCGCCAACAAGGUGUUCCUGCGGCACGCGGACGACGCCUCCACGUCGUCUCCCCAGCUGUCCGACGCGGUGGACUCCGUGGACGGGCCCACAAGCAGCGCCGCCAACUCCCUGGAGCGGCCCCGUGCCGCGGCGUCGGCCGAGGCGGAAGUCGACGACGCCGUGCCCUGGCGUCGGCGCCGGCCGUCUCUGACGUCGCCGUCCCUGACAUCACCGUCCCUGACGUCGCCCCCUCCCACGCCGCAGUCGAGGGCGCAGCCACGGCCCGAGGCCGCGCCCCGCGCGACGCGCUCCCCUGUCCACAACGCCGUCGCCGUGGUGGAACCUGCCGUGGAGAGGACGCAGGCUGUGAGCACUUCAGUGUGCAGUGCUGCGGACAGUGUGGUAGAAAGGCCAGCUGAUAGUGCAGUGGACAGUGCAGUGGACAGCCCCAAAGCACCGCAAGAAAGCUCGGACAGCAGUGAUCGGGAUGAGGACGACAAGGAGGUUGCCGCCCUCUUGAGCAACACGCGCAUACCCUCAGCCGGCGCCGCGGCCGCCGCCCCCGCGCCGCCCGCCCCCGCCGCCGCCCCCAGCCAUGACGACGACCGCCAAGACGGCGACGGAGAGGACGAACCUGAAGAGGACGGGCUGCCCGAAGUGAGCGGGGCGUACGAGUGCGACUCGCGCCGCUUCGAGGACUACCUGCAACUCUGCUACUCGGGCGUGUACUCCUCCUCCGAGCACCCCGACUCGACCGAGUCCACGCGGCCCGACCAGGCCGACCAGCGAGCCCAACAGACGCAGCAGAAGCACGUGCAGAGGCCACCGGUGCAGGGCGGCGCCAGCCGCAGCCCGGAGGCCUCCACCUCCGCCAGCCACUCCUGCAGCCGGAGCGAGAGGCCGCCCUCUUCGCCAAGGUCGUGGCCGGCCAGGGAGCCGUACUCCACCGAGCCGUACUCCACCGAGCCGUACUCAGAGCCGUACUCUGAGCCGUACUCCGCUGAUCCGUACUCCGCUGAUCCGCACUCCGCUGAGCCGUACUCCACUGGGGCGUACUCCACUGGAGCGUACUCCACUGGGGCGACCUCCACUGGGGCGUACUCCACUGAGGCUUGCAGCCGGCACCGCGAGGACCAGCCCACAGCAUCUUCCCGGUACGCCACCACCACCACCACUACUAGCGCGUACCCGUCCUCCCCCGCACCGCGCGGAGGGCCGUCGUCCUGGUCAGCGGAGGCCGACGAUCAGCGAUUCCGGUCACGAGGGCGUCGGGAAGGCCGCGACGACGUCCAAGACAACGACGACGCGGCAGCGGACCGCGAGGUGGCACUCGUGUUCUCUGAGGACGUCGCCGGCGACUCCUCGCGCCCUGACUGCCACUGCUGCUGCUGCUUCGCGGGCCAGCAGGAUGACUACGACCGCCAGCACGACGACGACGUCGACGAGGAGGACUUAGAGGUUCGGCAACUGCUGUCUGGGGGACUGCGUGGAGUGACCGACGCCGUCGAGGCUGCCACCACCAGCUUCUCGUCUUCGUCUCAGUACAUCGGCGCAUCGCCCCGGUACUCGGCCACCGCCUCCCCCAGUGCCUCCCCCAGCGGCCCGGAGCCCACGCCGUGCCUCGACACCCUCGAGGAGUGCUCCGAGGUGCUGCGGACGGACUCGGUGCCCGUGAGAACCGACUUCGGUGGCCUGGAAGACUACUGCUACGAGACGCUCGCCGACGUGACGGACUGCGACGAGGACUGGCUUGUGCCGGUGACGUGGUGCACUUGGUCGCGGGAGGGUAGCGCCGCGCCGGCUGCGCCCGCCGCGCUGCCAGCAACCACCAUGGGGGACACCGCCAGCCCCAGCGGCCCUAGCGGCCCCAGCGCCGCGGAGCAGUCCCGCGCGAGGAUCGCCCGCUACAAAGAGGAGCGCCGCCGCCAGCUCGAGGCGCAGUUCGGACCGCGGACGGCCGAAGGGCCGGGCGGCGCGCAAGGCGGCGCGGCCACGUCCAGCGACGAGGGGACGGGGGCCGUGCGCAGGCUGCCCGCCAGCCGCACCCAGGUCGGCCUUCGUCGACCGGCACCCCGCCGGGCCGCCGCCGCCACGAACCUGCCCACCCCCGGGGACUCUGCGGGACUGUCCUCCUCGUCCUCAUCGCCGGGGCCCGCAGUCCGCACCACCAGGGCGUCCAGGCUGAGGGUCGCCCACGGCGGCGCCAGCGCCACGCCGACGUCGACGGCCUCAGGAGCACAGCGACCGUCUGCCGGCCCCACUUCCACCGCCGCCACCCCCAGCCCGGCCAGCCACUAUCUGACGUCGGCGUCUCCUGGAGGAGCCUCCCCCGCGCUGCUGAGUGCCCCCGCCUCGUCCGCCAGCCGGGACGGCCGGCCCGGCCGGGAGCUGCAGCAACUCAGCCCCUGGUCCUCGCAGUCCGCGUCGCCGCUGGAGAAGGACAAGAGCCACAAGCGGAAGUCGAACCUGAACCGCGCGCACACCGAGGAGGCCGCCGACUCCGAAGGAGGACGACGCCGUCCUAGGCCGAGCCCUGGGGCCUUGCCGUCGCCCGAUUCUUUUUGA